AUGUCUCCUCCACCUCCAGCCGUCAACAUGGGUGGCAAACAAACAGCGGGUGUCGCCAAGCCCGUGUACUCACAUUCCUCCCCAUCCGCAUCCGACAGGACCGUUGCCCCGCCGAACACCCAAGAAGACAACGUCUUUUGCGGUAGCAACCCAUUCGACGCGUGCAUUCUCUGCAACACCUGCUUCAUCGUACCAGAACGCACCAAUUAUGUCGAGCUCUACUUUGGCUCGUACCACGGAACAAUCACAAAGCCCGGCUGCUACUGCCGCUCUGCAUUCGCCAUAGAGCUGCGCCAAGUAAAAACAGACCUCUCCACCUUCGAUAUGCCAAAUACAAAGGUUCUGGACUCCCGAGGAUCCCCAAUUGUCGUCUCAGGCAUCAUCACUUUCUGGAUUGUCGACGCACGUGCCGCAGCUAUCGACGUAGCUAAUCCGCAUCAAUACAUACGAGAUCAAGCCCCGGCCAUUCUCAAGCGCAUCGUCAGUAUGUAUCCGUACGAAAGUGACGACCCCAACGUGCCUUCGCUACGCACCGAGACCAGUGAAGUGACGGCCAGAAUGCGAGACACACUGCAGGCACGGUGCACCGUCGCCGGAAUUCGUAUCGAAUCCUUCUCACUCAAUGAACUCAGCUACGCGCCAGAGAUUGCCUCAACCAUGCUGAAAAGGCAGCAGGCCGAGGCACUCAUAAGCGCAAGGAGGGCUAUUGUCAGUGGGGCUAAGGAGAUCGCUAAGGACGCCGUCGAAGAUGUCGGUGGAUCCAUGACUGCGGAACAGAAAGCAGGCCUCCUGAGCAAUCUCCUAGUCGUCCUUGUCGGGGACAAGGACGUCACUCCAACGAUAGCCGUCUAG